AUGACGACGGCGGUGAAGCGGGCCUGCGACGCCUGCCAUCGUCGCAAGGUCAGGUGCGAUGGCAUCAAUCCAUGCCGCAAUUGUUCGGCCUCGCAGCUGGCUUGCACAUAUAAUGCAAUUCCCCAGAAAAAGGGCCCCAAAGGCUCACGAGCCAAGGUGAUUAACGAGUUGAAAGAGACGCAGCGACAAACCAGCCUCUCAGCCAAGCUUCAAAGCGGAAUGAAUGGCGUCGCAUCAAGCCCGACUCUUGCGCCGAACCCGCGGCUUUUGUCCAAGGAGACGCUCAAGGCGUGCAUCGAGUUUUUCUUCGCCCAUAUGUAUCCGAUGAUGCCGAUACUCGACCCCCAGCGCCUGGAACAGGACACGAUGUGCAUGGAUCAAAAUCUGGAUACCUACUGUCUUCUCACGUCACUCUGCGCAUUUGUCUGCCUGCAGCCGGGCAUGGUGCUGCCAACCAUGGGAAUGCCCGUAAACGAUCCAUUUAACCCAGACAUGAUGUUUGGCGGGAACAUCCUCACCAGCUCGCUGCUAAUGGAUGAGACGAUCCGUGUUCGCAAGGGCUACGACUACGUAGCCUCUCCAACUAUUAACAGUCUCUGCACGAGCUAUUUCCUUUUCGCGGUCCACCAUGGGCUUGACAUGCACGACAAGGCGUGGUUCUACUUGCGCGAAGCUACGACAAUGGCACAUAUCAUCCGGAUGAAUGAGGAACGGACAUACCUGCAGUACGAUACCAGUGAUAACAUUGAUGCAUCCAGACGCAGGCGGCUGUUCUGGCUACUCUUCAUAACUGAGCGUGCCUACGCCUUGCAGCACAACCGGCCUCUGACGCUCCAGGCCACUAUAAACCCGCCGUCUUCUGGAGAUCAUCCUGCAGACCCCUUUCUCCACCAUGCACCCACUUUCCUGCGCCAGAUUGAUCUGUUUCGUGGAUUUGACGAGACUCUUCUCCCUCUGUGGAUGAAGACGAAGCGUGAUUGUUCCGAUUCGUAUCUCUCAGCCUUGGAAAAGCAGCUCCAGGAAGUCUUGGCGCCCUAUCCCAACGACACACAGGCUCAGCUCUCCGAAAUGCAAGUAAACCAGCAGUGGCUCAAGCACAAGGCUUGGGAACUGAGCAUGGCUAACGGCAAUGGGAAUGAUUCUGGAGUCCCAUAUGUGGAUACCAUCAACGGUCUGCUUCCAAUGGUGUCCCACUUUCCCGGCAACCUCGGCUUGCACGGCCUUGGCCUUGCCGAACAUCUGCUUAACGUCACCUGCUCCUUGACUGAGAUACUCGCCGCGCAACCGGCACCCCGGACUUCGUUCACACCCGGUCCUCACGAGCAGCUGCGCAAGAUUCUGAACAUUGUUACAGUUCUUCGCAAUGGAGAGCAUCACUUCCUCCCCCUAUUGCUGAGCAAGGUCCAGGCCGCCCUUCCCAAGUUGGCCAGCCCGAUGCUGCAAAACGCUCCCGAGAACGCAGCCCCUUGCAACAUUGAUAUCUUCGACGGGUUUGGGAAUGCUGGCAUGGCUCAACCACCUGUCUACUCCGCAGGGGACUUCGACAAUAAGUUUGCAGUCCCCCAUCUCGACGACAUGAACUCGGAUUCCAGUAGUCCGACGGGUGCCCCGUCGAGCGGCAACGAUAUGAACUCACCGUUUGUCAGCUCGCCGGCGAUCAUGUCUCCCGGUAUGGAUAUACCUCACGGCUUGCCAACGGACUUCAAUUCGAUGCCCGAGAUGGUCAUGAGUCCAAUUGGCCAUGCACCUCCUCCUUCAAACAUGGCAACUUCGGGCGGUCUAAAUAACCAGCAAACACACCACUCUCAACCGCCAGCAUCCUCAUUUCCGGCCCCGAACGCCCAGAUGCAAGGAAUUACUGCCACCAACGUUAACCCGCCACCCAACAUACGUCUUGCAUCACAGAUUCAUCUCAACCAGGGACUUGCUGCUGGGAUAGGCACAAGUCUCGGCCAGGCUGUUGGCAACAGCAGCCUGUUAGCUAGGGCACCGCCACAACGAUCAAACAGCUUCGCCAUGGGCCUACCACAAAUACGUACAGUAGGUGACUUCCAGGCGCUUCAACGAGCCAACUCGGACAUGAACACGCUAGGUACGCUGGGGAUCAACUCGAUGGGUCCGGAUAUGGAUUUCAACACGCUUCCUAGGUAG